AUAGCUUUGUAGAAAACAAGUUAGAAAUUGUCCUGGGAUUCUGGGAGGGAAGAGGUUGGGGAAUGGUUUGUCUUGGGUAUAAAUGAAGGAACAGAUUAGUGUAGGUACCUCAUGGUUCCUGGAGAGAUACUUUGUGGCAAUGUCACAGGCUGUGCAGAGAAACUAACUGGAAGACUUCUGGAAAGAUGGGGAAUACAUUGCAAGGAGAGGGCUACCCCAGGACUUUGUAUAGGGGAAUGGUGUGGGGUGGGUAUCCCUGGACUUGUGUGUGAAUAUGUGUGUGACUGAUGACUUGAGGUGUACAGCCCCAACUCUGCAGCUCAUUCUGUGGCUUCAGCUCCAGCCCUGUGGUACUGGCAGGCCAGUUGGCAUUGCCUUACUCAUGUGCCUCCCAUCUGCCUCUUGGAUCAUGUCUCCGUAGUCUUAGAAACAAGGAAUCAUGUACAGCUGUCUUUAUGUUCCUACAAAUGCAUCUGCCUUGAAGAGAAUCCAGUCUGUAAACUUCAGAUUUUUUUUUUUUUAAAUUUAAGCUAGUUUUUUUUUUUCCUCUUCACCUGGAAUUUCCCAGUUGUUUACUAUAGGAUUCUUUGAGAGAACAAACUCUCCAGUGUAUUUAAAACUUAUAAUUUCUCAGAAAAUUGUUCAACGCAACCAUGUUGAGUUAAAUUGUUUCCUGUGUUCAAGUAGUGAUUGUGGGAAAUAAAAGAGUGACAAGGCCCUCAAGUCUCAAGGAGCCUUGUCCAGCUGGAAAGCUAAGACACAGACCUUGAAAUAGGAAGAUUUGCCUGAUGACUUGGUGGUCACUGUUGUUCUUCAUCACCUGACGUGAUGGGACCAAGCCAGACAGCUUCUACCUGUGUUCAUCUAGCAUCCAGUAUCCAACUAGAUGGAAGGAGUGACCCUAGGACUCUUCAGCCUCAGGUUAACCAGCUGCAGUUUAAUAGGAAUGUUCCUACACAUCCCAGCAACUUGGCAGUCCGAUACUCUUGUCCACAUGCAAUUAAAAUUGAAAAACUGAAACACUCAUAUAAUGAAUUGUAUCACUGUAAAGACUUGGAUUUUAGAGCUGGAAAUGAUCUAAGCAGUUCUGUCUCAUUUUCUGUCAUAUCGGAAGAAAGGCUUAGCUAUGCUGUCCACCUAGCCAAAAGAGAUGUAAAACGAAGACAGUUUGAAGAACACAUGAAAGAUCAUCUCAGAAGUCAGCCCCAUGUCUCUCACAAAUGUGUACACACCAAGGUGGAUAAGGAUUCGAAGAGUCAGCGUGUCUGUCAUUGCAGCCACCAGCCGUCCAAAGCAAGCAUCUCCAGCUCAGGUGCCAGGGUUUAUAUAUACACGUCUCAUCCAGGGCGUUCAGAUCUUACUGUGCCAAAUUCACCACCUACCCAUGAUCCAGGACUUCAGCCACAACCCAGGACAGAGGAGCACAAAAACCUGUGGGAACAGAAAAGCCUGUUAGAAGUUCAGCGACUCCGAAAGGAAUUGAACAGCUGUAUCCAUAAAAUAGAAGCAGUAACUAAAAAAGAUAGACUAGAAGAAGCUUUGGAUCCAGAUGAAGAGCAUCGAAUCCGAGUGAGGAGACAGGAGCAAGCUGUGCGCUGUGCUCGAAUGCUCUACGUUCUUCAGCAGCAGGUAAAAGAAGUCCAGGAAGAAUUGGAUAAACUGAGUCCACACAAAAUUAAACAUACUAAAAAGUCGUGGGCAAUGUCUAGGCUGGCAGCCGCUCAUCGAGGAGCCAUCCGGGCCUUACAGAUGUUUGUCACUCAGUUUACUGACCGAGGGGAGCACCCAGUUCCUGCUCGGUGUAAGGAACUGGGCAGCCUUAUUCGUCAGCUUUCACUGUGUUCUGCCAAGCUGGAUACUGAUCCUUCUGUGCCAGAUGUGGUCAUAGACAUCUUGCAUCAAAUUGAGGCUUUGGAGUCUCUCCUGGAAAAGAAACUGUCACCUAAAAAGGUAAAGAAAUGUUUCACAGAAAUUCGGAGCAGAUUUCCUAUUGGUAGCCAAAGAAUCUUAGAGAGAUGGCCAACUGCACUGCCCAAGAAUGAGAGGAGACCCUUGGUCGCAAAGGAGACAUUUCCACAGGAAGCCAGUCGACCUGCUGUGGCAAAGAGGCUUCUUGCUGAUGUGUGUCAGCCUGAUGUGGAGCUUCCAGUGACUCAAAGGCUGGAGAGUGAAGUUGGUGUGGUAGAUGAGGAUACUCUUCCAGAAGAAGCCCCUUUCAUAUUGGGCCAUAGUACAGGCGUCAAGGAUGAAGCACUAACCCCAGCAAAAACACGAACAGUGAAAAAGAAGACUGCAACAGAGCAUGUGCCAUUUAGGAAGAAAGAUAUGUUAGAGUCAGCCAGACUGCAGCAGGGACUCCACAUACCUGAAAAAAAUCGACCAAACCAACCUUAUAGCAAAAGCAGGUUGCAACAGACAACGGUGUCAUCCAGAUUAAAAAUGAACCGACAGCCUGUGAAAGACCACAGGGCUCCUUGGAUACCUCCAAACCCCACAUCCCCACCAGCCUCUCCUAAAUGUGCUGCGUGGCUAAAGGUGAAGUCCAGUCCCUGCAGAGAUGCUGCGAAGGAACAGCCCCUCCAGCAGGAGGACACCCUUGAGGGAAGUCAAUUGGGAGGUGCUGCCCAGCAGGAAGCAGCCAGGCUUCCUUGGCCAGAUGCUGAGUCUUCCAAAAGACUGAAGGAACUAGAAGAAUUGGAAGCCAAAGAAAUGGAAAGAAUGCAAAAGCAGAGGCUUGAUUGGCUUGAGGCUGAGACUUGUAGAAGAACCAAGGAGCUGGAUGAACUGAAAGCCGAAGAAUUGGAUAGACUUCAAAAAUUAAGUGCCUCUGCCACCCAGUUAGCUGACAGGGUAGAGGAGGCGGUUCUGGAGCGGUUGAAGCCCCUCUUGAUCAAGGCCCAGAGAGUUAAUUCUUCUGUGGAAGCAAAUAAUCAUUUGAAGGAUCAUCUGUCACCGAGCGCAGCAGCAGCAGCAGCAGCAGCAGCAGCAGCAGCAGCAGCAGCAUCCCAGCCUGCAGAGCAGGCUGCAGGGGUCAAUUAUGAAUCCAGGAAUAUUCAUCAGCUGGAUGACUGUUUAGAAGAUGCUGCUCAUGAGCUCCGGGCCGUGACUCAUGAUAAGAUCUUGGGGUUAGAGACUUCAGCCACACUGGGGGACAGCAAGGACAGCCCUGAUCUACAGACCAUGAUGCGCCGGAUGGAGGAAAUGGAAAAAUACCAGGAGACAGUUCGCCAAAGAUAUAAUAAAAUUGUAUACGCUGACCCUCACUUAUGGAUGCACGAAGAAAGAAAUGACCAGAACAACCCAGCAGUAAGCGAAAGACCUUUGGCUCCCCAUCCAAUCAAGAUCACUAAGACAGUAACUCCCAAGGAUCCAGCUGUGAAAAUCUUGUUAGAGAGGCCCUGCAAUGCCAACUCACUGGAUGAAAGUCUGGGAACAGAGGAGGAACCAGAGAAAAGAGAGGCCCCCUUUUCCUCCGUCGAAGAUCUGCAUCAGAAAGAAGGCCGAACUCCCCUCUUUGUCCCUCCAGGGAUGCGGCACAGCAUUGGUGAUUACUGUAGUCAAUUUGAGCAGUUCCUACGGAUCAUAUCUCAUGAGGCUGUAGGCUCCUUCAACCCAUGGCUAAUAGCUGAAAGCUUUUCAGAUGAGCUGGUAGAUGAAGCCCUGGGGGCCGUGGCUGCGGAGCUGCAGGAUGUGUGUGAAGACUAUGCAGAAGCUGUAUUCACCUCAGAGUUCCUAGAGGCUGCUGCAUGAAAGCGGUCCAGGCAGGGCCCUCAUAUCUCUGGAGGAGAGACAGCACCACCCUGUGUCAGCCCAUGGGGAACCUUUGUCCUCAGCUUCCCACUGAAGGGAAAUGCCAGUGAGGUCAUCCUCACUCUGUAUUCUCUCCUUGUCUUAGCAGUGGUUCUGGAAGUUACACCAGGGUGGGUUAUGUUUCUUAGUGCCUGAGGAACAUGAGAGGAUUAUAAUGAGACAAUAUUUUCAGAAUGUGUAAUUUUCCUGCUGAAAUGGUGUGUUCAUUCCUCUGACUCAGUUUGAAGAUCAAAAUGUUUUGAAAGGUAAUGGAUAAAGACAUUUCACAUACGAAUCCCAGCUUCAGUUGAACCACAGGGGAGGGCCAAUCAUUGCUAACCCAAGUGCAGUCACUGUCUGCUCCCAGCACCUGGCUCCCGUGGUAAAUGUGUUCCUCACAUUGUCACUGGUGCUGUCCUGUGAGGACACCUGUCCCUACUGGGUGGCAACCAACAUGGAAUGCAGAGUGUAGUGAUGCCACCAAGCCGCUGCUCAGCAGCAGUAGGAGUGGGCGGUCCAACACACGGGCCAAACACCUUCCCCAAGGGUUACUUCCUAGGGGAUUUUUCACGUUUUCAGUUCCUUGGAGUCAUUUAUUGCUGUUUUGAUACAUGCAGGUGUGAAAAGCAUUUCUCUGAAUGCAGGAAAUUUGAGGCUAGGAGAGGGCAGACCUUCCCCAUGCCAGCUCACUCUCCCAGAGGGCAGAAGGUCCUCUCCACACCACAGAACAUCCCAUCUGAAGGAGGGAGCCAGGUGGGUGACUGGAAGACUUUUGGACUCUCCAGGGGACCGAAGAUGCCCAUAUGGCCUUUUGAAGGCUCAUAGGUCCUGGUGCUAAGAUUUUCAGAAACUCUGAAUUGAGAAAAAGAAGUGUGUAUAAAAAUAAGGCAACUGCCUGAAAAAAAGUUUGCCUGGGUCAGUUAUUUACGUGAGGUUUGGGGAAAGAAAUGGAAGAGCAGAGGGCAAGAUGCGCCCGAGGACUCACGUGAGUCUGGCUACUGCAGAUGCCCUAAGCAGCCUCCGUGAUUGUUCUGAAGGUAUCAGAAGUUCAGGUGAUGAGUUAAGCUGCUUGGUCACACUUAUUUGUACAAAACUGAUUUCUGUUUAAUGUUUUCUUGCUUAAUGUUACAUGACCUCAGAAUGUAAAGGACAUCUAGGGGUUUGUAGUCUUCAGUCUGGAGAGUUAAAGGUGCACUUGAGCCAGUAAAGCACUUGUCAUUGGUAGUGUGAAGUCACUUGUGUGGCAGUUUUUACUGUGAUGAUUUAAAACAAAAAUAAACUCAGCAUUUUAAAUUGUGA